AUGAACAUUAUACGGAGAUAUAGCACAAGAAUAAUUCAAUCUCCCAUAAAAUUUCUGCCAUCUUUAAAUGUUGCCAUUGAAAGUUUUAUAGAUCGAGUGAAAUUUGAACAAUCUAAAAGUUGUGGGCCAGUAUUGAAAGCUAUUGAUUUAUUAGUAGAUACUCAUUAUGACGUUCUUAUUAAGAGGUUAGGACUUAAAGAUAUUUCCAAUCCUUAUGAUACACGACAGGCAAUAUAUGACAAGUUGUCAAAGUAUCAAAUACUGAAUACUAUAGAACAAGAAGUUUUGGCCCGUCGUCAUGAAUUACAACAACAGAAUAAGAAUACAUUGACAAUAAGUAAGAAAUAUCAACGAUUCAUAAAGGAAUUAUAUUCCCCUAAUAAACCUUCUCGAUUUCUAUUUGAAUCCGAAUCAAAAGAUUUCGAUAUUGUCAAGAAUGCUCAAAAGUUUACUCAUCACCAUCAAUUACGAUUAUACCAAAGCUAUAUGCAACUACCGUCUCCAGCACCAUUAUAUAUGACAGCCGAAGAUUUAAACACACUAAUUGAAAAGUUUGUAAUGAAUGUCCAAAUCCAUAUGCCCCAUCUGGUUUUGCGAGGGGCACUUUCGCAACAAAAUCCAGAAAUUGGGGCUGGAUACCUCGCAAAUAAGUUGCGUGAUCGACAAGAAUAUGUAUCGAUGUGUUCUAAGAUCUUACAGGAUAUCAAAUCGGCGGGAUUACCAUUAACAGAAAAUGAACAAAUUAGAUUUGCCUUGUUGUCAUUUUAUCGAGAUAAUAAGCGAGUUUCUGAUUUUUAUGAAAAAUAUCGAAAUGAAAAUGAUCCCGAGUAUCCAAAGUUCAAUUUUGAAAUUUAUAAAGAAUUAGUCAAUUCAUUACCACGACAUCCCAAAUCGGGCGAUUUUAAUAAGCAUGCAUUUGGGGUAUUAAUGUUUCAUGCGAUUAGACAUGAUCAAUGGGAAAUUAUUCAAGAUUUAUUGAAAACUAAUCCAGGUUCAACCGAUAUUUUAUGUGAUGAUGACACUCGUCAUAAAAUUUCCUUACGUACUGGUCUGAUGUUAUUAGAAUAUUUUGAAGUCAAUAUUGAUCGACCAGGUAAUGUGGAAUAUUUAGCUAGGGUUUUGGAUUAUAUUACCCAAGGAUAUAGAUUCAUAAAUCAUGCAUUGGUGAAUCGGGUGAUUACAAUGUUAAUAAAUACGGGGAAAAUGGAAUAUGCAGAACGACUACUCAAAGAAGCAUAUUUCUCACCUAAUCAACUUGAACAACAACAACAACAAGAACAGGAAAACCAAUAUAGUAUCGAAAGUCCUGAAGAAAAAGUAGCUAGACAAUUAAGUAAAGAAGAUAGAAAUCUUGAUACGGAAUGGAAUAUAAUUUAUCGAAAUUUAAAACUUAUAACUCAAGAUACUACCGUGUUUUAUAAUUUGUCAGUCACUUCAAGAACAUUCUAUAAUUUAAUCGAACACUAUUGUAAUCAAAAAGAUACUUCAUUUUCACGAUUAAAACUCAUGCUCAAAAUCAUCACCGAUCAUGCCAAACUCCCCAUUUAUACCAAUAUAUAUCAACUAAUCUACGAUGGAUUUAUCCUCCGUUCAAACGAUCCCGAUAUUUCCGAUUGGACAAUCCAGGAUCUAUUAGAAUUAACAACUCAAUUAAUCGGAGAAAGUGAAUCCUCAGCUCAGACUAUGGAAGAUACUCAAAAAACAAUUACCCAACUCCUCCAUGCUGGCCGAGUGUCCAUGCGUGAAUUUAAUGAUGUUUUACGAAGCUCAUUACAAGAACAAGAGAAGAACAAACGGAAAGAAAAGACACGAGUACCUAUUAGACAUCUGAUGAUGUUGACUAUUUUUCAAGCAUUUGAGAAUACGAUUUGGAGAUAUUUACAAACAACUGGUGAUAAUAGAUAUAAAGAGAUUUUGAAUAUGGUGGAAGGACAUCAGCAUGAAUAUUUAAGGGCAGUAGAUUUUUGGACGGUAGAGGACCGAAGAAACCCGUAUGUACGGGAAAGACUGACUGCCACGAGACGGGUUUAUUUGCUUGAGUUGGUUCAAAUGGUUUCACAGGCUUUAGACGGGGGAAGACGAACUAUCCCUGGUUCAGCUGAAUGA